UCGCCUUGAGUGGCCCUUCCCCGUAGCAGCGUACUUUCCUUACAAUGCAUCCAUUGUCUAUCCGCAAUCAGUUCCUCCAUAUCGUUCAGCUACAAUACUCUGGUCCCCAUCUUCACAGCCCAUUGUGUACCAACACUGUCAUGUCCUCCUGUGCUACAACAGCAUUUCGAGCCAUUCCAGUGGAACUCCGUAUUCCCAAUCCCCCGUUCCUAUCGCAUCCUACGCCGUAUCCAUAAUGUCGGACAACACAAGCUCGAACAACAACAACACGGCUUCCAGCAACACCAACGCCAAUCGAAACUCUAGUCUCGAUAUUGGUGAACUCAUGUCCGCACUCUCCAUACAUGUGCCCCAGCCAUAUAACCCUCCUCCCCGCGCACGCACGCCUCCAACUCCGAUUCGGGAACCUCCUCAUGACUUAAACCGGAUAGAUAGGCCAUAUAUGGAAGAAUACCGCGAGCUCGCUCUCCUAGAAUAUGACACUCCUCAACCCUCACGUCGCACUCGCGCCCCACAUACUCCUCGCACGGGCGAUUUCUUCUUUUCAGACACCGCGCUGUCCGCCUUUAACCGCACUAUCCGAUCCGUCAUCUCCCCCGACGCCAGCCGUGUCGAAAUAGCCCUCCACGCCCGCUACAGCACAUUGUAUCGCGACCACAUGGCGCGCUUCCGACAAGAGUUGGACGCUCUCUUAGAGUUCCCUAUCAGCCAGGCUGUUGUCGAUAUAGCCCGGCGCUCGAUGGUGUGGCGGGAUUACUGGGCGGGGGAGUAUAUCACCGCGCUGGAUUUGCUGUGGGCGGAGGAGGAUUUGAGUCAGGCGCGGUCGCGCAGGGAGCGUAGGGAUGCCAUGAGGGGCGCUGUUCGAGAGCUGCUGACUCACUAUGACGCUCAGCAAGAGGUACACGAGGGGGAGCAGUGGGAGGUUGAUAUGCAUGGGAACUAUGUGUUGGAUGAGCAGGGGCAACGUGUACCGUUCCGCCUUCUGCGUCAAGACACGCUCGGUCCAGACGCAGCUUACAUCCCACAGCCACUACAGCGCCGCGAUGCUUUUUCGUUCCCGACUGAACUAUCGCCACUUGAGCUACCACCGUUGAUGCCGUUCCUCGACGUUCCACGCGUACCUGUUGGCUCUCGCAUUCCCACACGCAAUUACACCCUUCCCGUCUCCGUCCCUGCAGAGGAUGCUGAGUGCGGCAUCUGCCUCGAAACCCCCACCGUAACACAGGGCUUCGUGCGCCCGCGUUCAUGCGCUCAUAUAUUCCAUCUAGACUGCCUAGACGAGUGGAUAAACACGGGAGCUCCGAACUCGAUUCGCUGUCCGCUGUGUAGGGAGCAAAUCUGCAACCAGCGCAGGGAGAUGCGGGCAGAUGCGAAUGAGCUGGCGGGUCGUGUGAGUACGAAUAGGGCGUAGAUGCAUGGAAACGGGCCGGGUAGAUAGUGCUAGCGCGCGGUGUUAAAAGGGAAUGGUAGGUUAAGGGGGGUUGAAGGAACUCGGGCUCUUGUUCUUUCCCCAGC